GCUGUCACUGCCGCUCUGCCUCCGCCUGGCCGAGAAGAUGACUGUAGGGAGGCCUGAGGGAGCCCCCGGGGGCGCGGAGUGGAGCCGUGAGCAUCUGUCCAGUUGAUCUCGGCUUCCCCUAACCUCCUCAGACUCAGUCACAACAAACAAAUGUGGUUUUCCAUGAUGUUUCCUCCUAAGUCUUCCUCAGACACAGAAGCAGAAGAGGAGCUGACUGGGGAUAGGCUGGUUUUACCCAGGGCUGGCAAACUCGACGAGUUUCUCAGUCCAGAGGAGACAGAUUCUACUUCUGACUCAACUGAGAGCUUUUAUGAGAGCCUACAAAUGCUAAAGCAGAAAGGCAGAUGGUGCCUGCUGGAGGCUCUCUUUCAGUUGGACUCAGACAGUGAUGAGAACCUCUGUGAAGACGAUGAGGAUCUGGAGAGUUUCUUCCAAGACAAGGGAAGGGGGAAGCCACAGGUCCAAUACCCGCAGUCUCUGAGGUGUGGCUCCACUAGGCGCUGCAGCUCCCUGACCAGCCUUCCCACGGACAUUCCCAACGCUCAGCCGCAGGCACCCGCAGACUCGGGGCCUCCCUCGCAGCAGAGAAGUGUCACCUCCUGGGCAUCGUCUAUCACUGUCCCUCAGCCAUUCCGCAUGACGCUGCGUGAGGCCCGGAAGAAGGCUGAGUGGCUGGCCUCACCCGCCUGCUUUGAGCAGGAGAGGCAGCAGGCCCAGAGGCAGGGCCAGGAGGAGGCCGAGUGCCACCGGCAAUUCCGGGCACAGCCCGUGCCUGCGCAUGUCUACCUGCCCCUCUACCAGGAGAUCAUGGAGCGCAGUGAGGCUCGAAGGCAGGCCGGGAUCCAGAGGAGGAAGGAACUGCUCCUCUCUUCCUUGAAGCCCUUCAGCUUCAUCGAGAAAGAGGAGCAGCGAAAGGAGGCUGCUCGACAGAGAGACUUGGCUGCCAUAGCUAAGCACAAGGUCCCCAAACCGAAGGCCACAAAGAGAAUCCCCAAGUCCAUACUGGAACCAGCCCUUGGGGACAAACUCCAGGAAGCUGAGCUCUUCAGGAAACUUCGCAUCCAAAUGAGGGCUCUGGACACACUGCAGGUGGCCUCUUCCCCAAUUGACUCUUCUAGGACUAGCAGGAACCACUCACAGCCCCGCACAGCCACCCGGACCCAGGAAGAAAAGCUUGCGUUCCUGCAGCCUGAGUUUGGAUUCCAGCCUCGGGUGAAUCCGGUCGUCCCUGACUAUGAGAGUCUUUAUAGGGCCUUCCAGAGGAGAGCUGCCAAAAGAAGGGAGACUCGAGAGGCAACUCGCAACAAGCCCUUCUUGCUGAGGACUGCCAACCUGCGUCAUGCUCAGCGGCCCUGUGAUGCUGCUGCUCCCAGAGGGAGGAGGGAUUCCCCACAGCCACCAACCACACCACUGCCAAGGAGUCGCUCUCUGAGUGGUCUUGCUUCCCUUUCUCUCAACACUCUCCCUGUGCACAUCACGGAUGCCACCAGGAAGAGGGAAUCUGCAGUCAGAAGUUCACUUGAAAAAAAGGACAAAGCAGAUGAAAGUGUUCAGUGGUUGGAGAUGCACAAAAAGAAGUGUCAAGCAAUGUCUAAAUCCGUAAGCUUACGUGCAAAAGCCAUGGACCCCCAUAAAAGUCUAGAAGAGGUAUUCAAAGCAAAGCUAAAAGAGAACAGGAACAAUGAUCGUAAAAGAGCAAAAGAAUAUAAGAAAGAACUGGAAGAAAUGAAGAAAAGAAUACAAACAAGGCCCUAUCUCUUCGAGCAAGUUACCAAGAUCACUCCCAUCCUACAGGACCUUGCCAGAAAAGAAGCAGAACAACGGUAUCGAGACACCCUGAAGCAGGCUGGGCUGGAGGAAGACUUUGUGAGGAACAAGAGUCAAGACACCAGUGUGGUAGAGUGGAAAGAGGGGCCCAAAGCAGAGGAUUCUCUCAGCAUUGAUAGAACUACAAAAUGUGGCAUCAGGGAUCCACAGCAGGACUUGGAAGAAUCUCUGGAAGAGCCCAUAAGCCUUGAGAGAGAGCUGGAGUUGUCGUCUCGUGAAACACUCGGCAAUCUCAAAUCAGUGGCUUAACUAGUACACUUAAAAUGACGGCCUUUCAACAAUAGUAAGCAGCUACCUUGAGGCUUAGUUAGGGCAGGCAAUACACAGAUGUUGAGUCCUGACUACUGUUACAGGAUGAGGAAAUGGAGAGGAAGAGUAAAUGGCUGGAGGAAUUCAAAGUGGAGAAGCUCAGAGUAGAGGGAUGACAGUCUAGAGUUAAAGAGUUCUUGCUUUGUGCUUCACACUUAAGAGUACAGGUACAGGGGACCAGCAGUUGGCAUAAUGGCUGUCACUGGAUUCCCAUGUAGUCAACUGUGGUUCGAGUCCCGGACCUGGCAGCUUAAACUCAU